CGACUGUUCGGCCUCUCGCUCCCCCUCCACCCUCCACCCUCUCUACUGCAACCAUAGCAACUAGACUCGAUCUCAUCGCAGUUAUCUAGCCAGGAUGGUUUUGCAAGAUCUCGGACGCCGCAUCAAUGCCGCCGUCAACGACCUGACCAGGUCUGCCACUCUGGACGAAAAGGCCUUUGAUGGCAUGAUCAAGGAGAUCUGCAACGCCCUUGUCGAAGCCGACGUCAACAUCAAGCUGGUCGCCGGUCUCAGAAACUCCAUCAAGAAGUCGGUCAACUUCAAAGAACUCGCCCCUGGUGUGAACAAGAAGCGCAUCAUCCAAAAGGCCGUCUUUGAUGAACUCGUCAAGCUUGUCGAUCCCCACAACACGCCUUAUCAACCCAAGAAGGGCAAAUCCAAUGUCAUCAUGUUCGUCGGUCUCCAGGGUGCUGGUAAAACAACUACCUGUACCAAGCUCGCCCGCUGGUACCAGGCAAGAGGCUUUAAGACUGCCCUGGUUUGCGCCGAUACCUUCCGUGCUGGUGCCUUCGACCAGCUGAAGCAGAAUGCCACCAAAGCAAAGAUCCCCUACUAUGGUAGUCUGACCCAGACCGAUCCCGUCAUUGUCGCUAGCGAAGGUGUCGAAAAGUUCAAGAAGGAGAAGUUCGAGAUCAUCAUCGUCGAUACCUCGGGUCGUCACAGACAGGAGCAGGACCUUUUUGAUGAGAUGGUCCAGAUUCAAAAGGCCGUCUCGCCUCACCAGACCAUCAUGGUCCUCGAUUCUUCCAUCGGUCAGGCCGCCGAGGCUCAGUCGAGAGCCUUCAAGGAGACCGCCGACUACGGUGCCAUCAUCAUCACAAAGACUGAUGGUGCUGCCGCCGGUGGUGGUGCUAUCUCUGCUGUCGCCGCUACCCAUACACCCAUCGUCUUUAUCGGUACUGGUGAACACUUGCUGGAUCUUGAGAGAUUCAACCCCGAAUCCUUCGUCUCGAAGCUUUUGGGCAUGGGAGAUAUGGCUGGUCUGGUCGAGCACGUCCAGAGCUUGAAACUUGACCAAAAGGAUACCAUGAAGCACAUUGCCGAGGGUCAGUUCACCAUCCGCGAUCUGCGCGACCAGUUUAACAACAUCAUGAAGAUGGGUCCGCUUUCGAAGAUGGCUGGAAUGAUUCCUGGACUUAGUGGUCUCAUGGGACAGAUGGAUGAUGACGAAGGUAGCAUGAAGCUGAAGCGCAUGAUCUACAUUUGCGACUCCAUGACUGCAAAGGAACUUGAUUCUGACGGCAAAAUCUUCGUUGACCAGCCGUCCCGCAUGACCCGUGUCGCAAAGGGCAGUGGUACCAGUGUUCGUGAGGUCGAGGAACUUCUGUCCCAGCAGAAGGUCAUGGGCGGCAUGGCCAAGAAGUUCAAGGGCGGCAUGCAAAACAUGCAGAAAGCUCAGGGUGCCAUGGGUGGCGGCAAGAACAACCAGCAACAGAUGAACGCCAUGCAGAAACGUCUUCAAUCCAUGGGAGGUGGCAGAGGCGGCGGUGGUGCUGGUGCAGGUGCAGGAGGCAUGCCUGACCUAGGUGCUAUGAUGCGCAAUAUGGGCAUGGGAGGCGGUGGUGCUGGUGGUAUGCCUGAUCUUGGAGCAAUGAUGCGUGGUAUGGGUAUGGGAGGUGGUGCCCCUGGUGGCGGUGGCGGUAUGCCCGACAUGAGUGCAAUGAUGAAGAUGAUGGGAGGCAUGGGUGGUAUGGGAGGAGCUGGCGGUGCCGGCGGUGCUGGUCGCGGCGGCAGAAGGUAGAUGAUUAUCUCCAUCUGCCCUGGUUACUUCCUUCUUUUCCGUUGCAUAGCGUCGGCGUUAGGACCUGCCUCAAUUUCAAGAAUCAAGAUACCUGC